UGAUCUCUCCCCCUGGCCGGCUCCUGUGGUGGGCGGAGGACAGACUCCAAACAAACAGAUAGCAGCGACUCUCCCACGCCGAGGAGCGACGAGCGCGACACUUUUAUUUUGUUAUUUUAAAAAAAACAAAAAAAAAACAGGAACAAGUCACGGUCGUCCGCAAUGAAGUCAUCAAACAGUCGCCCCUCCAGAGUGGCUACAAACCCUUUCGUGCACGAGCUGAAAUUCACCAUACCACAGGCAAUACAGAUCGGGCUCAUGUCGGUGACGGUGUUUCCGGUGCGGCUGCUGCUGGUGGCCUCCCUCAUGCUGCUGGCGUGGCCCUUCGCCUUCGUCGCCUCCCUGGGGCGAUCCGACUUCGUCGUGGAGCCGCCGUCCUGGUGGAUGAGCGCCAUAGACCUGUGUCUACGUGUGAUCAUGCGGGCCAUGUGGUUCUGCGGAGGGUUCCAUUGGAUCAAAGUGAAAGGCCAGCGGGCGGCGCCCACCGAAGUUCCCAUCCUCGCCGUGGCGCCGCACUCCUCCUACUUCGACGCCAUCCCGGUGACCUUGACCAUGUGCUCCAUAGUCGGCAAACUGGAGAGCAGGAGCAUUCCCGUCUGGGGCACUCUGAUCAGCUACGUCAGGCCGGUGUUUGUGUUCCGCUCGGAUCAGGACUCCAGGAGGAAAACGGUCGAGGAGAUCAAGCGGAGGGCCCUGUCCGGAGGCGCGUGGCCUCAGAUCAUGAUAUUCCCAGAGGGGACGUGCACCAACCGGUCGGGGCUCAUCUUGUUUAAGCCUGGUGCUUUCAUCCCAGGACUCCCAGUGCAGCCCGUGGUGCUGCGCUACCCCAACGCACUGGAUACUAUUUCAUGGACGUGGCAAGGUCCCGGCGCGUUCAAGCUGCUGUGGCUCACUCUGUGCCAGCCUCACAAUCCCCUGGAGAUCGAGUACCUCCCUGUUUACACUCCAUCCGACGCGGAGAGGGGGGACCCUGCCCUGUUUGCCAACAACGUCCGAAAGCUCAUGGCCAGGGCGCUGCAGCUUCCGCUCACGGACCUGUCCUUCGACGACCGGGAGAUCAGCCUGUCGCGGGGCCCGCUGCGCAUCCACGACUACAGCGGCCUGCUGGAGUUCAACCGGCUCGCCUGCCGCCUGAGGCCGAGAGCAGGAAGGACGGACAAAGUGCUGGAGGAGCAGGCGAGGAGAGCCAGGAAGCUGCAGGCAGACGGGCUGAGCGCCGAGGACUUCGCCCAGUUCCUCGAUCUGCCGCUCACGGACACGCUCGCACGAGUCCACAGCCUCUUUGACCAGCGUGGAGACGGACUGAUAGACGCCCGGCUCUAUGUCAUCGCUCUGUCUACCGCUCAUCGACCAUCGCAGUCGUUGGAGACCCUCAAAUUGGCCUUCGAGAUGUAUGAGAACGAGGAGACCGGGGACGUCCUACGACGGGACCUUGCCGCCAUCUUGGAAAUAAUGUUGGGAGUGAAAAACGUGGAACUCUCGAGUCUGUUUUCAUCGCUGAAGGGGCCUCACAGGGCGACCAUCACGUACGAUGAACUUUGUCAUUUCAUAGAGCACCACCCGUCCUUCGUCGAGGAUUAUCUCAAUUUUGAAAACCACCCGCGGCAUCGACCGAAGAGCAACGGCCGCCACAAGGACGACUGAGGAACCGUUGGCCUCCGCCGACCGAUGCGACGGCCUGUCCGAUGCCUCUCGCGGCGCCUCCGUGCCUUCCAGUGCCGGUGGAGAAAAGGAGCUGACGGAGUUGUGCGGAGCACAGAUGAUGGAGACGCGUGUCUCACUUUUCUUCCGAGCUCUUCGCCUUCCUUCACAUUAGUUUCCCCAUUGUGAUAUUUAAAAAAAAACACAUUUUUUCCCCUUUUCCAGACAUAUUAUUUAUUGCUGGUUGUAUUGUUUUACUUUCUUUUAUGUAUGACUUGCAUAUAUUUGAGAAAUGUGUUGACAAAAGGGACUUUUUCUCAGACAAAUGGAUCCUCACUGCCCCGUCCUGCUGCUCCUGUACGUACGUCGCCCUGUGUAGAACAUCUUACAUGCGUCACGCUGCCGUCGUGCGGUAACGCUACAAACCACGUGAUGGAAGAAUCUGACACGUAAGCCGAUGAAAUCAUUCUUCACUUGGAGAAGCUUUCCCACUGCCAUUAAUAGACCUCUUUGCCGUAAUGAGAAGAGCCGUGAAGUGACUUCUAAUGUCUCAAAAUGAAUACCGAUCAAAUCUCUAUGCUUUUUGUUUUUAUGAUGAUUUUAUUGGUAAAAAAAAAUUAGUCAUGUUUCUUUUUGGUGUCUCACAAGGAAAAUAUCUUCUUAAAAGGUAGUGUUUUUUUUUUUUGUUAUAGUAAGAAACAUUUCGACGGAUGGUUUGGAGCAAUGGUUCCUUAAUGUAACCCUCUCACAGAUAUUACAUACGACAGAUGAAAAAUAGCCUUCUGGCUAACUGCUACAUUCACAGGAAUGUUUUAUUAAUGUGCACUGUCCCUACCAAAUAAACCAAUAUAGAAAAAAUAAA